AACCCUCCCAAAUAUAUAUAUAUAUAUAUAUAUAAAAGCCCUAUUAGUAGGAAAAAACUACCAAUUAGCUGAUUAAAAAAGAAACAAAAAAUACUCAAACCAAGUAUUAGAUUAAAGGAACAAAUCCCCUUAUCUUCUUCUCUCAGUCGAAUGUUCAGAUGAUCAUUCAGACAGUCAUACUUGAGCCGUAAAUCUUCUUUCCAAAGGAAAACCAACAAUAUGCAAUAAUGAACAACUCUCCUUGUCUUUUUUAAUUAGUCUCUCAAUGAAAUAUACAAAUGACCUUCAUAAAUCUUCUUUCCAAAAUGCAAAUAAUAUACAGAUAGCCAAGCAACCUUUCAGAUAGUUCAUUCAGUAGCGGCGUCAGUAACAGCGACGGGUAAAGCUUGAACAAAGCCCAGUGCAGCUUUUGGAUCAAAAAAAGUCCACUGAACUGGUACAAGUACUUCCCAUUUGCCCAGGGAGACCGUCAGUCGCCUAUCAACAUUGUUCCUGCCGAGGCAGUCUACAAUGCCGAGCUGCAGCCGCUCAGUGUAGCCUACAGUGGCUGCUCCUCGAUGGCCAUUUGCAACAAUGGGCACUCGGUUGUGGUGGAGUUUGAGGACUGCAACGAUAAGACAGUGAUCAGCGGCGGCCCCUUGGAGCGGCCCUACAGACUGAAGCAGUUCCAUUUCCACUGGGGGCAGAAGGAUGACCAACAGGGCUCAGAGCACACCGUCAACGGCAGGUCCUACCCGGGAGAGCUUCACCUGGUCCACUGGAACUCCACUAAGUAUAACACGUUUGGAGAGGCGGCGGUGGAAGCCGAUGGAUUGGCGGUGAUCGCUGUGUUCCUGGAGACUGGCGACAGGCACGCCCACCUGCACAGGUUGACGGAUGCCCUGUACAUGGUGAAAUUCAAGGAAACAGAGGCCCAGUUUAAGGACUUUAACCCACAGUGCCUGCUGCCAAAGUGCAGGGAUUACUGGACGUACACGGGCUCUCUCACCACCCCUCCGCUCCAUGAGAGUGUGACCUGGAUUGUCUUCAGGGAACCCAUUGCUGUAUCUGAGAAGCAGAUGGAUAAGUUCCGGAUGCUGCUCUUUUCCGGAGAGACCGAGUCGCAGAAGUUGCAAAUGGUGGACAACUACCGACCCCCACAACCCCUCAAAGGCAGGACUGUCUUCGCCUCUUUCCAGUCGUAGCCCAGUCCUCUCGCCAGCCCCUGGUUAAAACCCACCAAGCCGCCUAUGGGGCCAAGGACGGAGCAAGCAGCAGCACAGGACCGGAGAGGAAUCGGCCUGUAACUUAUCUUUACAACCCCUCGUUAUAUCGUCCACCUCAGUUCAAAGUACAUUCAUUAUCCAUGUUUCCAUUUCUACCUUAAGAUUCACUUUCUUGCAGGUAUUUACGAGAAAAAUAAAUACAAUAGAAUCUAUGCAUAAAUAAAGACUGACAAAGAGCCAAUGUUCAGAAGACCUGUGCAAAUAAAAGAAUAUUUAA